GGAUCCAUCAAAGGCUAAGCUCGAUCGAUGCAUUUUUAUGAUGUGAUACGAUACAUCACAUCGACAUUCUCGAACAAGUGUGUCGCUCGGGUAUUUUAGUUUAACCAACAUAGUAUUCGUAUUUAUGGGGAUGAAGCGGAUUAAUGAUGCACGGUGGCCGUCCACCAACGCAGCAGGGUUCCUCUUCCCCUUUCUCUCUCUGAGAACGACAAGAUCGACCGGUACUGACUGGUAAAAGAGAAAGUGAGACGAGGAGGAGGGAAUGUGGGCCCUCCCCUAAAGUGGGGAGUCUGACAUGGCCACAAGAUUGCUGGGUCGGGGAGGGCCCCAUCAUUGCAAAUCCCACUCCAGCCCCAGCCUUUGAAACCCUUUUGGCUGACCAGGUCUGCUGCAACCAUGCCAAGGGCGAACCACCACCCAUCAGAUCAGAUCAGAUCAGAUCAGAAGAAGAUAGCUGACACCCUUUGAGACUCACAUUGCAAGUUGCGAUGCGGGCGAAGAACAAUAAUAAAUUGAGUCCUCCUAACCACACCUACCGAUGCUAGUAGACCCGAGGAAAUGAGCAGCAACAAUAAUAGAGCGUGGGGCCAUGUUGCAGGGCGUGGGAGGGGUGAAACAUGACCCUGUCGGUGGUUAUGGAUUCUCUUCUUGAUCCCUUAAAUCCUCGCAUGUCUUGUUCCAUCACCUCUCCUGCUCUCCUUUGCCUCAUCCGUUGUUCACAUGCUGCUCCUCCGCCUGCCGCCUGCCGCCUGCCGCAUUCCGAUAUUACGACUUCCUCUAACGCCAUCUCUAUUCCGCACCACUUUCUUAGCCAUAAUAUUCACCGUCCUCGUUCCUCGACUCAUCGACACUUGUCUACUUUGUUUCCAACUGCUACCUUUGUCGUAGAUCCAACUUGCUCUUCUUCUCGUUCGUCGUGUGUAAGACAUCCUCCCGUAGGCCUGUGAGUUACAUCACCCGACGCUACUCUCCCCGACACAAGUUAAUGGAAGUUAGAGGACAGGAGUUGCAGGAGCAGGAGAAGAUCUACAAUCCUACUCCUCUCCAGCAAUCCGCUGCCUUCACCAUGCCUUUACCCCCUUCCACCUUGCUUCACUAUGCCACCGAAGCAAGAGGUGGAACAGGUGAUGCCAGAAAUGGGAUGGCGUCUCUGAUCCACAAUCGCACUCCCGCUUCAGCUCCUGCCCUGGCGAGUGCUUUGGGUAGCGGUGGUCGAUCCAAUUCCACCACCACCACCACCACCGCCGCCGCCGCCCUUCUUCCUGCCACCGACACUGACGCGGCACUCCGGUACCGGGAGUGUCUCCGGAACCAUGCUGCCAGCCUAGGCGGGCACAUCCUCGAUGGCUGCUGCGAGUUCAUGCCACGCAGCGACGACGCACUCAAGUGCGCCGCCUGUGGUUGCCACCGAAGCUUCCACCGCAGAGACACCGACAUGAAUUCUCCCCUCCGCGACCUUCAGAACGGCACCCACGGUAGAGUGCCUCUCCUGCUUCCUCCACACCACCUCUCUCUACCUUCGACCGGCCACGAUCACAACCUGAAGCUUUUCGGCUCCGCCGGCAUUCUGCUUCAUACCGGUGCAAGCGUGGGCGCGGCGACGGAGUCGUCGACCGAGGAGCUUAUGCUAGGCACCGUGCCGCAGCAGCGGUUCACGGUGUCUAAGAAGAGGUUCAGGACAAAGUUCACGGCCGAACAGAAGGAGAGGAUGAUGGCCUUCGCCGAGAAGGUCGGGUGGAGAAUGCAGAAGCAGCAUGAGGGUGCGGUAGAGCAAUUUUGCGGCGAGGUUGGUGUUAGUAGGCAAGUGCUAAAGGUGUGGAUGCACAACAACAAGAACGCCCUAAGGAAGCAACAGCAGCAGGAGGAAGAGGAGGAGGAGGAGGAGGAGGAGGAGGAGGUGGAGGAGCAGCAGCAGCACCACCACGAAAUGCCAGAAGCUUGAGGAAAAACAACACGGACAAAAAAGACAGCAUUCUACUUAGUUAAUCGACUCACAUCCGUCUCUUUUUCUUUUUCUCUCUUUCCUUAACGUGGUGACAUAAUAUGUACUGUUACAUGCUCGUUUCCCGGUAGGCAGAUCCAUAUAUGUUCCUCUGCAGAGAGCUUAGUCUCAAGAAAUGGUAAUUAUUAUAUAUAUGCUCCUUUGAAUCGAACCUUGGGACUCACGUCCUUUCUCAAGAACAAUCUCCAUCGACCAAUCUCGGGUGGAGAGACGAAGGCUCGUAAGAGCGCAUUGUAAGAUGGAGAAUUCUGUAUCCGUACAAAUUGGAUUUGACUGGAUUAUUCCCAUUGUUAAACGGUUCC